GGGACGGUUUAACUGAUCGGUACCGGAGACGUUCCUCGUCCUUUGGACCCUGACACAGCUCCCUAAGCUGAGGAGCCACAACAAGAAGAAAAGAAGAAGAGGCGGAGUCGUCGUCAUCCCCAAAAUUUAAAAAAAAGGAGCACUCCGGGGCUCCACCGCGCGCAAACAUGAUGAUGAUGUCUCUGAGCAGCAAGCAGCCCUUCGCCGCCAUGGCCCACGCCAGCCUGGCCGAAGCCAAGUACUCGUCGCUGCACUCCUCGGCCUCCUCCUCCGCCUCGUCCACGAUGACCUCCUCGGUCUCCUCCUCCUCGUCCACGCCGUCCUCCUGCUCGUCUUCCCGCCACAGCGGCAGCAGCAUCAUCAGCACCAGCAGCUCGGAGGCGAUGAGGCGAGCCUGCCUGCCCACCCCGCCGAGCAAUAUAUUCGGCGGCUUGGACGAGAGUUUGCUGGCCCGGGCAGAAGCUCUCGCCGCGGUGGAUAUCGUCUCGCAGAGCAAGAACCACCACCACCACCACCACCACCCGCAGCCGCACCACAGCCCCUUCAAGCCGGACGCCACCUACCACACCAUGAACACGCUGCCGUGCACCUCCUCGUCGUCCUCCGCGUCCUCGGUGCCCAUAUCGCACCCCUCCGCCCUGGGCGGGCACGGCCACGGCCACGGGCACGGGCACGGGCACCAUCAUCACCACCACCACCACCACCACCACCAGCCGCACCAGGGGCUGGAGGGCGACCUGCUGGAGCACAUCACCCCGGGCCUGGCGCUGGGCGCCAUGGCCGGGCCGGACGGCUCGGUGGUGUCCACCCCGGCGCACAUGGCGGGCAUGAACCACAUGCACCAGGCGGCCCUCAACAUGGCGCACGCCCACGGCCUGUCCACGCACAUCGGCAUGAGCGACGUGGACGCCGACCCGCGGGACUUGGAGGCCUUCGCCGAGCGCUUCAAGCAGCGGCGCAUCAAGCUGGGGGUGACCCAGGCGGACGUGGGCUCGGCGCUGGCCAGCCUGAAGAUCCCCGGCGUGGGCUCGCUCAGCCAGAGCACCAUCUGCCGCUUCGAGUCGCUCACGCUGUCCCACAACAACAUGAUCGCCCUCAAGCCCAUCCUGCAGGCGUGGCUGGAGGAGGCCGAGAAGUCCCACCGGGAGAAGCUCAACAAGCCGGAGCUCUUCAACGGCGCGGAGAAGAAGCGCAAGCGCACCUCCAUCGCCGCGCCGGAGAAGCGCUCGCUGGAGGCCUACUUCGCCAUCCAGCCGCGGCCCUCCUCGGAGAAGAUCGCCGCCAUCGCCGAGAAGCUGGACCUGAAAAAGAACGUGGUCCGGGUCUGGUUUUGCAACCAGCGGCAGAAACAGAAACGCAUGAAGUACUCGGCGUGCGUUUGAACGCGCGCCCACGGACUCGGGGACGCUUUGUAUCAUAUCUUUCCUUUUUAAUAUUUCAACUAAAAAAAAUGCAGAAAAAAACCACCCUUUUUUUCCCCCCUAUUCGCCAUCAUCCGUGACUUUGUGAAUAAGAAGAGGGGGGAAAAACAAACAAAAAAGGGAGCCGUUGGAGUCUAACCUGCCAGCAAGUAAGGACCAUCCGCUUUCCGACAUUUGUUUAAAAAAACAACUUGAAAUUUUAUUUGUUUUUUGUUUUUUUUCCCAGCCAUGAUUAAUAAUUUCACAGGAGUUCAAAUAGAGCAGAAAAUAGCAACUGAGAGCACUUGGUUUAUUUAUGAGGGGACUUUUCAUUCAUGCUUAUUAAUGUGAGAGAUGUGAUAAUAACAAUUAUUAUUAUUAUGAUGAUGAUAAAUGACUGCCAACAUAUCUCUCUGUAAAAAUGCGUCAUUUUACACGCUCCAUUGUGUGUCCAAACGUGCAAUUUUGUUGGCGAGGUGGGUGUUUUAAAAAGAAAGAAAGAAAAAAAAAUGUCAUUUUUGUAUUUAUUUCGUUGAAAUGUUCUUAUUGCAAUACGUUUACAAUCCGGCGUGGGCCCGCAGCAUCUUAUGAACUAUUUAUUGAGUGAGGUCAUGUUUACUUCAUUACAUAUUUAUUGGGAUUCCCCCUCACCCCUCCUCCCCCUGAUUUUUUUUGUUUUGUUUUGCCUGAGAAAAAAAAAAAAAAAAAUCUAAUUGUGAAUCAUAAAAAUUCACACGAUUUUUUUUCCCUCUAGAGAUGUUACAAUCUACUCUGACCCCCCCCCCCCCCACACCCCCGCGCUAUCUAUUUGUAUAAAUAUUGAAAAAAAAAAAAGGAGUCGUUGCUUGUUCCAAUCACCUUGUUUAAUUAAGUCAUGUUAUUAUUGCGAUUUAUUUUCUAAUAUUCGUUAGAAAGCCAACAAUGUAAAUACGUCAUCGAUGCACAUAAAUAUAUUCGUACAGGUUUUUGCUGUAUUGCUGUUUUAGCUGAGGUCUUUCUGUAACGUAUGUUGCUUCUCUUUUCUUUUUCCUUGAUUUUUUCCCCCCUAAAAUAUAUUGGUUACGUUUUCAGAACGUUUAUCACACACCAUGUGUUUUUUGCUUCUUCUUUUUUUUUUUUUUUUUAUAAAAAAAAUAUUUAUUUAAACAAUUGAACUGCAAUGUGUUUCAUUAAAGAACAAACUUUACCAUUUAA